GUCGGUUUUGUUUGUCUGUGUCGGACGAUAGUGUCGUGUUGUACGUACAAAAAUAUUAAAUAUUUAAAAUGAUUUUUUUUUCUCUUUGCAUAAUAUUUCGCAAUAAAACAUGAUGACAAGAUCACCCAUUUGGAAAUAUUCACUUGGAAUUAAGUUUCUUUGCGUCAUAGGUAUUUUGUUGUCCGCCUAUUCGCUGUAUGUGAAAUAUCGCCUAGCAAGAGACUCAGAUUACGAAGCUUUGUGUGAUUUAUCGGACCGCAUAAAAUGUACAAAGGUUUUUCACUCCAGAUACGGCAAUGGAUUUGGCAUUAUUGGAGAAAUGUUAGGAGGCGAUGAGUCCAUAUUCAACCAACCUAACGGAAUCAAUGGCAUUAUAUUUUAUACAUUGAUAAUACUAUUAGAUUUUAGCCUCAACCUGCAUCUUACAAAACUACAAGUCGCCCUGUCAUUUAUUUCGAAUCUGAUAUCGAUUUACUUGGCGUAUUUACUCUACUUUGUGUUUGAGAACUUGUGCAUUGUAUGCGCUACGCUGUAUGUCGUGAACAUGCUACUCCUCAUUUUAUCGGUGAAAAGGUACAGUAAUCUAGUGAAGAACGUCGAUUCAAGGAAAAACAAAUAAAAUAAAAUAAAUAAAUUUAUACAGCAAAAAUAUAGAUAAAUUAUAUCUCUUAAUAGAAAUGCUCUCAAUGCAGCUAAACUAAAUGUUCAAUGUAAUAAUAAAUUGUCAU